GUGCCUCUUCCUAAUCCAUCGCAGAGCGCCGCCGGCGGGUAGCGCUACUGCUAGAGGAGAGGAAGCGGAAAGGGCGGCGGCGGCGCUUGUGGUCAGUCAAAGAUCCAACCUCCGGACUCGCGAUGGGGCGGCGGAUCCUCAACGAUGCUCUGCGCACGAUGGUCAACGCAGACCGGCGGGGGAACGCGUCGGCGCUUCUCCGACCCAUCUCCGGCGUCAUGGUCUCCUUCCUCAACAUCAUGAAGUACCGAGGGUAUAUCAAAAAAUUUGAGGUCAUUGAUGAGAAUAGAGUUGGGAAAAUUAGAGUGGAGCUUGAUGGACGUCUUAAAGAUUGCAAAGCUCUCACCUACAGGCAAGACCUCAAAGCUAAGGAGAUAGAACGAUACAGAGUUAGGAUGCUCCCAACACGCCAGUGGGGCUAUGUUGUGAUUACUACUCCGAAUGGUGUUUUGGAUCAUGAGGAAGCAAUCAGGCAGAACGUGGGUGGGCAGGUCCUUGGUUAUUUCCAUUGACUGACAAGUAACGUCGCUCUUAGUCCUGAAUGAGGCAACGGGUUGUGCCCAUUUGGUAUUACUGUACUGUUGUUAUUACCGAACCCAUUCUGUUUGCAUCUUGGGAGCUGUUUUGUUGUCGUUCAUGGCCAUGCAAGAAAUGAAAUAACAUGCCAAAUGUACGGCUGAGGGCUGACAACACUAGGAAUAUUGUUAAACAGGAACACUGAGUUUCUUGUGAGGAUGUCAUGAUAGCUUUUCUGAGACCUUUCCCUACAGGGAGGGUUGAGCACACAUUGGUAUUUUGGUCAGUGUCUGAGGCUCUGAGAUGUGUUUCGGAUCUUGUUUGCAGCACUGCUUGUAGGACUCCUUUGUUUAGGACAAUAAUGUUGAUGGGUCUGUUUGAUGAAUGACAGAUGUCUGAGCGAAACCAAUGUCGCUGGUUUUGUAGAGUGUUCAAUUUAUUGGCUGGGAAUGCCAUGUGAAUGUGUUGUCUGGAUA